AUGCUUGCCUCCUGGUCAAGGAUCAGUGGUUUUUCGUCCACCAGCCGUAUGUUGUCCCGCACAGUGGCUACUUCAAAAACCUCCUCAACACGGAUUUGUCGGGAGAGGGGGGAUAUAUGCUGCGAGCAGACGCCAUUGGCUGCCCAGCUUGCUUCCAAGACAUUCUGCACUGGAUGUACACAGGGGAUACGGCCGCUCUCGACUCACUCAAGGCUCAAGGUCUUCACCACUCUGCGCAUUGCGAAGUUCUUGCUCAUGAGCAGUGACUUUGAAGAACAGCUACUGCAACUUGCAGCUUCAUGGUGGAAGGCUCACCGGGACCCCACCUUCAUUUACCAGUUGGUGGAGCAGGCCAGGCACCUCUCCGCAGUGGAGAUGCUAAAGACGCUUGAGAGAUUCCAUGCGGAGAGCCCCGUGCCUGCUGAGACCAGGCUCAAGCUCUUUUUGCAGUGGGUCGACGUUCCAAGCACGGAGCUUGGGGAUGAUGUGAUGUUCCUUCGGGAGAAUUUGAAGUCAAUGUCUUGCUUGGUGGAAUGCACGGAGGAGAAGAUUUGCGAGCUUCACACGACGUUCCCAAAGCCGUUUGACCUGCUCAUUCCGGCAUCGGAAUUGCUGGCUCGACUGUCAGGUGCAAAACAUUUGAGAUGCUCGCUUUGUCAUCAACGUUUUGACUACCAAGAGCAACUAGAUGCGAAGCCCUGCGAGGAAGUGGUGUACGAUCACGCAAAGGCCACCUUCCGGUGGAGGUUGUUUAAGGUGCAAACGGCCGCUCCCUGA